AGUAGUUUUUCCACAUUUCACAUGCAGUUGUAAUGUUGUUCCCAUACAAAACAAACCUUACCGACUUGUAUACAAUGAGGGCACACAUUACAAACAUGACAAUAUUUAUAUUGAAAUAACUUGGACUUUCUUGGCCGCUCUUCCAAAAUGCCGCACUUUGUAAAAAUGGAUAUAAAUAAUGGUGUUAUCACCUACACCUUUUCUGUAGCUGCAGCUUCACUAGCUGAGUUUGCUACAUUUCCUUUAGAUCUUACAAAAACAAGAUUACAAAUACAAGGUGAAAUAGCUGCCAAAUCUGCUAAAGUUAUGCCUUAUCGAGGUAUGGUUAAAACAUGUGUUGGAAUUGCAAAGGAAGAAGGUUUUUUUAAAUUAUGGUCAGGAAUAACACCAGCAAUAUGGAGACAUAUGAUUUAUAGUGGCUCAAGAAUGUUAUUUUACGAACAAUUAAGAGAAAAAGUGUUUGGUAAAAGUGCUGAUGGAAGCUUUAAACUAUGGAAAUCAGUAUGUUGUGGAAUGUUGUCGGGAGCUAUGGCUCAAUUUUUGGGUAAUCCCGCAGAUCUUGUUAAAGUACAAAUGAUGAUGGAAGGUAAACGAAAAUUAAUGGGAGAGCAGCCUCGAUUUAAAGGUGCCACAGAUGCUUUAGCUAUUAUUUGGAAACAAGGUAAAAUUCGAGGCUUAUGGAAAGGAGCAGUGCCAAAUGUAUGGAGAGCAGCUUUAGUAAAUUUAGGAGAUUUAACCACUUAUGAUAUGGCGAAAGAGAGAAUAUUAAAACAUACAAGUUUACCAGAUAACGUUGUAGUACACUUUUUAUCAAGUGUAUGUGCUGGUUUUGCUGGAGCUGUAUGUGCAACACCUGCUGAUGUGAUAAAAUCUCGUGUUAUGAAUCAACCCACUGAUGAAAAAGGAAGAGGACUGAUUUACAAAAGUACAUAUGACUGCCUUAAAACGACAAUAAGAAAUGAAAGUGUAUUCUCCUUAUAUAAAGGAUUUCUACCCGUGUGGAUACGAUUAGGACCGUGGUCACUUAUAUUUUGGUUAUCUUAUGAAAGACUUCGAAAAUUAUCUGGUGCUGAACAAUUUUAACACUGCCACUAUUUAUUAGACUUAAUUUUGGAAGAAAUAAACAAUCUGCAAAGAAAUAUCAACACAUGUCAGUGUGUAGCUAUCAUAAAUGUAUCUUUGCUAAUUGUUCCUAUAUUUUAAAAAAAUGAUUUGUAAGUUUGUAUACAAACUUCUAAAUGUAAGUUGUAAAGUAGAAUACUAAAAGUUAUCAAAUAUUCAACUGAUCGUGAUGCUACUUUUUUAAGACCAAUCAAAAUAUUCAUUACAUAUUUUUAUAUGUAAUCCAAAUGCUUUGCUUUGUGGCAUAUGCUCAUUUACUAAUUCCAUUAAGUCACAUUUUUAAGUCUUAGUCAGAAUAUGAUUUCUAAUGAAAUCAAUAACAAGAAUUAUAUCUUGAAUAAAGCACAGUUAAUUCAUUUUUAAACGGUGACUAAAACAAACAUGUCUCUUUAUCGGAGAUUUAUUAUAAUUAUCUAAGUCAAAUUGAUGACUAUUUUAUGGUCCAAACUAGUCAUAUUGUAAAGUCUAUUUAGUAUUUAUAUUUUAAAAUACCUUUUGGACAGGUUUGAAAAUGGUCGUUAUGACUGAAACGUGCCACAUGAUUAAUAAAUAAUUUUAUAAAUUAUAUAUAAGUAAACGAUGUAGGUUUAAAAAAUUUAGAGUGUUUUGUAAGUAAAUAUUUGAUAGCUUUUAGCUAGGUAGAGAAAAUCUAGUUUUAAAAAUUGAUAUCACGUAGAACUUGUAUUAGUAAUACACAAAG